AUGACUGAUUGGACAACCCCGCUUUGCGGAUGCUUAGAUGACUGCAGUGUCUGCUGCUUAGGAUGGUUCUGCCCAUGUUGCAUUUAUACAGAAGUGAUACUACAUCUUGAAGGCAGAUAUGAUUGCUGCAGAUCGAAGUGCUGCGGAGUUAGCAGCUUUAAUGUCCGCCAGAUUAUUAGGCGCCGUAGAAAUAUGGAAUACGAAUGCUGCAACGAUUGCUGUGCUGUCACUUUCUGCUACUUUUUGGCAAAUUGCCAGCAUCUUCGCGAGCUUAGAAAGGGUAACGGCGUUCCAUAUCCAGGAGAAGGCUACUAUGGCUCUGUUGCAAAAUAA